AUGGGUUACCAACAGAUUACGAUAUUUUAUGAGUUGGUUAACAAGAGUAGGAUCUAUGAUGAGGAUAGUCGUGAGAGCGUUGCUCAUUACAAGUCCUUGCAUGAUAAGAAAGGAAAAAGGCAAUCCCGAGGGAAGCCGUAUGAUGGUAAGAAGAAAGUUGGUGAUGGAAAGAAGCCAAGUGGGGGAGAACCUCACACUCCUGUCAAGUGCUUCAGAUGUGGUGUUGAGGGACAUCGUGCUCCCGAGUGUCCUAAGGGCGAUGUGACUUGUUUCAAGUGUGGCAAGCAAGGUCACAAAUCUUUUGAUUGCAGAGUUGGUUUGAAUGUGACUUGCUACAAUUAUGGUGAGCAAGGGCACAUUAGUACCAAGUGCAACAAGACGAAGAAGGAGCAAGCCAAAGGGAAAGUGUUUGCAUUGUCCGGUGUUGAUACUUCUGCAAAGGAGAGAUUGAUACGAGAUUUUGAAGUUGAUUUAGUGUGUCUUCCAUUGAGUCAAAUUGAUGUUAUUUUGGGAAUGGAUUGGUUGAGGGCCAACCAUGUCUAUAUCAAUUGUUUUGCGAAAGCUGUUCCUUUUCUUGAGCCAGAGAAGGAAGUGUUUAUGUUGGUGGCAAGUUUGAAGCUUAGUGAAAAUGGAACAAUGGGUGAAUUUCCAGUUGUUCAUGAUUUCCCUAAAGUGUUUCCUGAUGAGUCUGGUAUCGGUGGCUCUGUAUCAGAUGUCACCAUCUAA